GUCUUUUUAUCUAUGGCGGAAAGUACAUGAGGGGCUGGAUCUACCGAAUGGUCCCAUCGUUGAAGCCGACGUCUACGCUCAUGAACCAUGGUUUCUUCAGUACCAUGGUAAUGAUCCAGCGUACAUGGCCGUGAACAAUGACCGAUACUUUUUUGUGAAGAGAGAGCCAGUAUCUAGAAACGGUAAUGGGAAGAGAAUCAAAAGGGAUCUGGAAGGGGAUUCUGAUGGAGGUUGGUGGAAGGCCAACACCGGAGACAUGGAAAUUAAAGACUCGGAGGGCCACCUCGUGGGUUGCAUGAAGUCGCUCACCUUCUUUAAAUGCAAAAACAAAGAACGAAUUCGGAAAGAGGCAACCAAAACCGACUGGAUUAUGCACGAAUACAGGCUAGCUUCCGAUUCUCAAUUUCAAAGCUGGACUUUAUGCCGAAUAAGGUACCGUGGUCAUGAUCAUGUGCAGCAAGGUCCGAGGACUGACCCAUCAACAUCGGAACAAGCAUUUUUGGAUACGAGGAUCACAGAUAUUAAUCCGUCGUCGGAUCAAUUACAAGCAUCAUCGGGUACGGGCCGGAGUGGUACUUCUGAUCCAUCAUGGGAACUAGUUUCUCGGCCAGAAGCGCACGAUGAUGAAAUCGAUGCCAUUCUUAAUCUCCCCCCAGAUAAAUUUCAAGCAUUCCUGGAGAGUGUUUUAGUGCUAAUUUGA